CAAAGGCAGGAAGUACCCAAAAAGGACCCCAGGCAUAAAUAGAGUAUUUUUGAUUUGAAAAAACAAUAAACAAUCCGCAUACAAAUGGAUUGGAAUGUGAUGAUGUCACCAGAGCCCAAAAUCCAAGCAUGAUGAUGUCCCCUCUCCUAGAACCCAGUGACAUCAUAUAUGACAUCAUGAGUACAGCAAGGCAGGUUUAUAUAUACAGACACACUCUUAACGCAACCGUUGACAGACUAGUUGAAAGUCUUGUAGGAGUCUUGCAAAAACAGAAGGUGCAGAGCUUCACUGUGACACUGAAUAAUCAAAAACAGAUAGAAAUGGCUUCAGUAAAAGUCGCUGUUUUAAUGAAGGCUGAUUACGUCAAACUCCCGUCUAUAUCCAGACAACCCAAGGAGGCCGAGGUGUACGACAGGCAGGAAAAGGCAGACAGGAACAUCGUGUAUCAGACACCUAGAGCUGAACACAAACUUCUUAAGGCCCGGUGGCAAAAGAUGCAGGAGGAAAACCAAACUGAGGUAAGUGCCCGAAAAUUCAACCAAGUGGUUUUUAGGCAACAAAUUGAUAGGGAGAACCAGGCCUUGGUUGAGUUAAAGAGUAGGAAGCAAAAGAUGCGAGGUGAUGAAGAGCAAAGGUCUGAUGAGUUGGGGCAGUCCAGACUUAAAGAGGCUUUAAGAUGGGAACAGGAGAAAGUUCUCCAGAGUAAGCUUUUAUCCCGCGAAACAGCUGAUUUUCAUGUAUGGCAAAUGAAAGAGAGGGAACAGCUGAGAGCCCAAGAGAGACUGCAGGACCAAAAAGAUGCAGAAAUACUCAGGGGCCGUGGUGAACUGUAUGCACAGGAGCGCAGGAGGCAUGCAGAAAUUAUUGCAGAGUCGAGGAAAUCGACCCAUAAAAACAUGUUGGAGGAUAUUUCAAGAAGGAACCUCAACAUGGAGAGAGAGGCAGAAGCUUUAAGGAAAGAGGACGAGAGGGCCAAACUUCUUCAACGUCAAAUGGAGGAAAAAUUACAGAGAAAGAAAGCUGAAGAAGCAGAGCGGCUCAGGAAAAAACAGAUUGAGAAGGAGAUCAUUUUGGAAAAUCGGGCGAGGUUAGAGAAGGAGAAGGCUGCCAUCGCUGCGGUGAGGGAGGAACAGAGGCUUGCAAUGGAUCUGGCGAAAAGGGAGGCUGAACUGGCAAGACGGCAGAUGGAGAAGGAGUUGAAUAAGGCUGCUAUGCUUCAGUCCAUCUCCACCCACAGACAGGGUAAGAUACUUGAGAAAAGGCAGAAAGAAAGCGAAGAACGUCGGAGAAGCGAGGACUGGCUCGAGGCUCAGAAAGAGGGCGAAAGGUUGUUCCUAGCCGGAGAAAAAUUGAAGUUUGAGAAAAUCAGGGAGGAAAACAUAAAACUGCAUAACUUCAAUGCUUCUCUGGCAGCUGAAAAGCAUGCCCGGCUUCAGCAGGUGGAGAGAGAAGACCGCGAGGCUGCAGUGAGGAAUGCAGGGCAGGCUGUUUUUAGGGAGAAACAAGUCCGGCAUUAUAUUCUGCAUGACCUCAGCAAUGCUGCAGAUAACCUAAAUCUGUACGAGGAACGCCGGAGAUUGGCUGCAAAGGAUGCAACCAGCGGAAGGUUGGGCUCCCCUUUCAGGGCUGAGGAGUCCAAAGAUCUCUCUCCGCUGCCCAGCUAUUCCACGACUAAUCUUGGAAAUAUCAAACAGAUCCGCUUUGCCACUGCACCUGCUACAUCAAAGCUGCCACCCAUCCGAACUGCAGUCAAGUAGAGCAAAAACAAUGGAUUCCAACCAGUCCGAUAUCUUUAAUUGCAUCUCUGUCCUCUCACUUUACUUACUCUGACAUUCCCUCUUUUUAGUUUUCCUGGAUUUAACCC